AUUCGGCCAAGUAGGUUGUAUGUACUUGUAAAACACUGGUGCAGGCUAGCUGCAUUGUCAACAAACCACCUGAGUCGGUAAACUCGGCGAUUAGAGGCUAAACGCCCGUUACUUGGUCACAUUAUCGUUCACACAAAAUGCUCAAGCAGCUUAACUACAGCAGUGCAAGGCUGCAGCGUGCGGGCGCCCGGGCAUCGACGCGGCGAUGCCAAACUGUGAGCCACCGUGCUGUCUGCGUAAAAGCAUCCAUGGACAUGGAGGCUGAGCGCAGCAGCUCCAGCAUUAGCAACAGGCGAGAGCUGCUGGCCUGCGCGGCGCUGGCUGUCGCGGCUGGGCUAGCUGCCGCGGGGCCCGCACACGCGGAUGAUGCGAACCUGUCCAAGUUCGAGCCCAUGGACGCGCUGAAGGGCAAGGACUACGGCAAGCCGCGCAUGAAGGUGAAGGACUACGUCACCACGCCGUCGGGACUGCAGUACCAGGACAUCAAGGAGGGCAACGGCGCCAGCCCGCAGCCCGGUGACACGGUGGUCAUUGACUGGGAUGGCUACACCAUUGGGUACUAUGGGCGCCCGUUUGAGGCCCGCAACAAGCCCAAGGGCAGCUCCUUCAAUGAUGACAACAAGGACUUUUACCGCUUCGUGCUAGGCGAGGGCAAGGUGAUUCCCGCCUUUGAGGAGGCGGUCGCGGACAUGAAGCCCGGCGGCAUCCGGCGCAUCAUCGUGCCCGUGGAGCUGGGCUACCCCGAGGACAACUGGCGCAAGCUGGGGCCCAAGCCCAGCACCUUCGCCGGCGACCGCGCGCUGGACUUUGUCCUGGCCAACAGGGGCAUGAUCGACAAGACCUUGCUGUUUGACCUGGAGCUGGUGCGCGUGGACGCACCCAAGGGCGGCCGGUAGGCGGCCGUGGCGUGCAGCUGAACUGGUGGUGGUGGUGGCGGGAUAGGGGGUAGGCGGGUGGCAAGCGCAGGGCAUGGAAAGCGUGGCAAGGAGUUGGUUGAGGAUCGUGAUGGCGACGCAGUGCUGCAGAUGAAGCUGCUGCUUUGAGGCCGUAGGCCACAGGUUUAUGCCAAAUUCGAUGGAGUUUGGGUUGGUUGCGAGUUGGGCCCAGUGUGGCUGUCGAGCCAGUGGUGUAUGAGGAACGUCUGGGCGUCGUACCAAUGGCAUGAGGACUGAGCGUUGGCUUAGUGACUGCUCGUGAUUCCAUAAGUGUUGAAGUACAGCUUUGGUAAAGGUGCGGCCGUGCGGGAGCUUGCUGGAGCGGCGUAGUGCAUCCGGUUUUGCACGUUUUGGCCUGCUUCGCCAGCAGGGUGCCCUAAGGAUGCAUGUGCGUCGUCCAGCAUAUCUGCCGUGCCGUCGGGCUCUUUGGAUUUGUGUUCUUGUUGGGACGGAAGUCCAGAAGUAUCUAUGUAUCAUAAGAUGUAACACCGGACA